AUGGCAAAUCUACUGUGUCUCAUUUUGGAUGUGGGUGCUCAUAUGUAUGAGGAUAUUCAACAGGCGGUAGACUGCCUCAAAUUGCUCGUACAGCGCGAUUUUUUUGCCCAAAAGAAACACGAAGUUGCUCUGAUUCUAUGUGGUGCUGAAUGCCCAGGCAAUGUUAUUGGUUUGGGCAAUGAGAGCUAUCCUAAUAUAGCCCUAGUUCGAGAGCUUGCCCCAUUGGAUUGGGAUAUUUUGGAAUUUCUGAACAAAGAAUCUUUAUUGUCAUCACAAGAGGCGAGCGGUAAAAUUCCUUUUAGCUUGACAAAACAUAAUUUUACUCUUAUAGUAGUGAACGCUAUUUCUGUCGCAAUUCAUCAUAUUGUUGAACAGUCCAAGUUACGCAAGAAAGUGGGGGAAAAGCGCAUCAUUCUGGUUAGUAAUCUGCUGGGACCCGCAGAAGCUUCAGUUGCUGAUCUGCUUGAUGCUUGCUGCGCUGCAGAGAUUCAGUUAAGUUUAAUCGGGUGCAGUUUGGAUUACUCGGACGAUACCAAUGACGAAGAGGCGGAAGCAAGAAACGACGCAGGUCCUUCUUCGCGUUCGCCCAAUUAUCGACCUGAUGCGAGAAACAAAUUGCAGCCUGCACUCACUCCGAUAACAGAACUUUGGCAAAAGAGGGAGGGUGAAUCUUACGCAUUCAGUGAAGCACUGCCAUCGUUGAGCUUGUUUGAAGGUCGCGCAGUUGCUCAGCGUGGAUGGAAGGUGGAUUUACAAAUUGGGGACAACCUGUCACUUCCUGUAGAGGGUUUCACCCAAGUGAGCGAGGCUCGCCCACCCCCAUUGAAGCACAUUUAUGCUGCCGACCCUGCUACGGCGAUUCGUCCAGUAACAAAAUACUAUACGGAAAAGACGAACGAUGAGGUCGAUCGAUCGCAAGUGAUUCGCGGUUACCGUUACGGCAAUACAUUGGUUCCUUUCAGUGAUGAGGACAAGGCGGCGCUAAAACAGUCCUCUGAAAAAUGCCUCAGCCUGAUUGGGUUUACACAGUCCUCUAAUGUAAGUUAUGUUUACUAA